AUGAAUCCAAAAUCAGGAUUCAGUACCACAGGACUGUUCUCAAUGAAUAUUGAAGAAAUACUGAGGAAGAUUUCUGGAGGAUUGCCUGAAAACUUGGAAUAUACUGAACUGGUUUUUGAUUCAUCAUCACUGGGUAGAGUUUUUCAAACGACCGUCAUCGGAAUACCAGCAAAAAAGGUCACAGGCAAUGCCAAGACAACUAUAAAGUGCGUCCUGCUAGUAGUAAGUAUAACAAAAGCAAGUUUCAGGGGAAGCACUGGUCCAUUCUAUGUGUGGUUAGUUUGCAGAGACUCAGAUGGCGAACCAGAGGAACCAUUUGCCGAUAUCAGCGAUGAGGAUGGAACCUUCAACCCUGAGACCGAAAGAGAUCGAGAAUUGGAAGAGUUGAAAUCAACUUUCGAUUUGUGCUAUGGACAACAACAAGGAAGACCUGGAAGUGAACAGGCUCAUCAAAGUGCUAGUCCUGGUGGGGAUUAUUAUAAUCCUAACAAUGCAGCAACUUCUGGCUAUCCACCAGCUUGUUACUCACCUCCACAAGUGGGUCCGCAAUACCCGCAACAUCCUUAUGCAGCUCCUGCCACUGGACACAGUCUGCAGCCCAUGGGAGACUACACUCAACUCCAACCGCAAAGAAUACCUGGAGGUAGCAGUUCGCAUAUGCAGCACCAUGCGAGUUCUGGUGGACAAAGUCCAGGUAUGCUGAAUACAACACCUAGUUGUAAGUAUGCAGACUCUACUUCUUCGACUGGUGUUGCCUCACCGCAAGAUUUGAGUACAAGCGGACCACCAAAUAGAUCAACACCACCACUUGCUAGCAAUCCACCGAACAAUAAUGCCAAUUCUACAAUAACGUCGAAGAGUUCCGGGUUGACUUCACCUUUGUCAGUUAGUACUUCUCCGCCUGGAAAACAAGCUACAGGAUCUUCUACAGCUUCGCAGAAUCUGUCCUCGCCUGCUUCAAGCACAAGCUCGACUUCCAGCAAUGAAAAAUCUGGUUCGAAUAACAAUAGUUCCAAGGGCAGUUCGUCUAAUCCCCCACAAAUUUAUCCAUGGAUGAAAAGGGUUCACCUUGGACAAAGUAGGAACCGUAGAAUGAAACACGACGCCGCCGCUGAAUUAGAUUUAUGGCCUGCACUAUUGAGUAAUAAUCUGGAAGUCUGGACAGAUAACUGA